AUGAGACUGAGGUAUUGGAUACCACUACCGACAACAAGAAUGACACUGCUGAGCUUUUGAAUGAUACUAUUGAAGAAAUGGAAAAGUUAUUGAGCAUGGACGUUGAUUACUUUCAAAAACAGAAUGAGCAAGAUGAUGUGGUUGAAAUCUAGAAGGAAGCAGAAGACAUGUCUGGAGAAAAUUCAAGUUUCUUUGCUCCUCGUCAGCCAAAGUUGCCUAUUCAGGAGAUGCUGGAGGAGUAUGCCAUUCCUCGAAGUCCUGUGCUCUCUGUGCAGCCAAAGCCUGCUAAUAAAUUUUUCCCCACCCCAAAUGCAUUUAAAACUCCUCAAGCCGCAAAGGCCCCCACAACUGACAGGUGCAACAGUGCUGGAUCCAACUCUAAGGUCGACCCUGCCCGCAAAGUGCACGUCAGCACUCCUUUCCGGGUGCCCAAAAGCAAUGAGGCUAGGUCUGCCGACUUCAAGCUCAAACCUGGCUCUGACACCAAACCUAAGCUGCCUGCCAACUUCAUGCCAUACAAACUGCAGCAGCCUUUGUCUUCACGGCUGCCCAAACCGGUUCGAGCUUUCCAGAACAUCACCAGCCCAGUCGGCCAAUACAUUCACGGACCUGUGGUUGCUCCCAUGAUUGCCAACGCUAAGCCUACGAGCAGCCCAAGGGUUGUCGGAAAACUUUUUAAUGGUGGAACUCCCAACAAACUGACUCCUGCUAAAGCCGAGCUGGAAAAUUUGAACCCCAAUUCUGCUCUGCCUUUUGUGAACUAUGAUUCCUCUUCAUCGAUCAAAGUGGUGGAGCACAAAGAAGUGUCUCAGAAAGCCCUGCCAAACAAAAUCAAGAAGCUUCCUCCUUCCCCUGGCUCUGUUCUACUGAAGCAUACUGAGAAAACAUUGCUCCAAAAACUUUCGGCCCUAGAUGAACAAGGAGCCUCUUCCAACAUUGAGCUUUUGUCAGAUGAGACUGAAGCUGCGACAUCAGCACCGCCACCGAGUCCAGAAAAAGCCCAGCCAGAGCGAGAGUUGGUUGUGCAAGAGUUCAGCCUGGAGGAGUCUCACUUCUCAGGAUGCAAUCUGUCAGGACUAAACCUUAGCUUCGAGAGUGGCAUCCCGGGACCUGCAGCUCCCGUUGAAACUAAAGAAGCUACUGGAACGAGCGAUGGUUUGUAUACUUUGGCCUUCAUAUCAGACCUGGCCAAGAAGCUGGACAUAAAAGAGGAGCCAGUCACUCCUGCUAAGGUUGCUGAACCGGUUAGACCCAUCUACAGUCCCAUUUCUCCAGCUGAUGGCGAGACCAGUCAGUACGAAGAUGCUGAGAUGGCCAAGGAACCUCUGGAGCACAGCACCAUUGCCCUGUGGCACGAUGCUGAAUCUGAAAGGAAAGACCAUCUGGACUUGGAUAGGAGUGCUAAGAAGACAAUUUCGGACGUUUCUCUCUUGAGUAAUGAGACUGAGGUAUUGGAUACCACUACCGACGACAAGAAUGACACUGCUGAGCUUUUGAAUGAUACUAUUGAAGAAAUGGAAAAGUUAUUGAGCAUGGACGUUGAUUACUUUCAAAAACAGAAUGAGCAAGACGAUGUGGUUGAAAUCCAGAAGGAAGCAGAAGACAUGUCUGGAGAAAAUUCAAGUUUUUUUGCUCCUCGUCAGCCAAAGUUGCCUAUCCAGGAGAUGCUGGAGGAGUAUGCCAUUCUUCGAAGUCCUGUGCUCUCUGUGCAGCCAAAGCCUGCUAAGAAAUUUUUCCCCACGCCAAAUGCAUUUAAAACUCCUCAAGCCGCAAAGGCCCCCACAAAUGACAGGUGCAACAGUGCUGGAUCCAACUCAAAGGUCGACCCUGUCAGCACUCCUUUCUGGGUGCCCAAAAGCAACGACGAAUGGCAUAAUUUUAAAAUUAGCACAAGUAUUUAAGAAUAAUUAUUUUUUUAGUCAAAAUUUAGU